GCGAACGACAGGUAGACGUUUCCGUCGGCUGCACGCGCUGCCAGGUACGGGAAACGCGCGCGCGCGCGCGCGAGUGUAUUCUCACUAGCGGCGGUGGUAUCGUCGAUCGCGGCGGAGACGCGUCAAAAUCUUGUAUCGAAAUCUGAGUGAAUUAUGGCGUAAAUCAUGCGACGAAGGCGCCAAGUGCGACGUGAAUGAAGUCCGAGUCACCUCAUCACCGUCGCUCGUCAUCACAUUCCGCUGGCGUGAUUGCAAAGCGUGGAGGGAACGGGGGAGGAAGGAAAGCGGACCAACCAUCGCCGCCGCAUGUCGAACCGCGCGCUCGCAUACGUAAAUAUACCUGCACAAAUUACAAACACAUAACAAUGGAACACUCAGAGCUAGUGGCAGAAAUGGUACAUGUUGAAAGACUGACAACACAAGAACGUUUACAUUUGGCACGUCAUCGUAGACUACAGCAAUUGAAAGUAUGGAGACAACGUGAAAAGGAAUGGUUACGGCAUCAAACUAGGCAUACAAGUAACAAACGGCACAUAUAUUUUAGCGAUAGUGUUAUGUUAUUAGAAGCCGCUGCAAGAAAUGAUAUCGAUGAAGUAAGACGACUUUUGAAGAAAGGUGUAAAUCCCGACUCAACAAACGAAGAUGGUUUAACGGCGCUGCAUCAGUGUUGCAUAGAUGAUAAUGAAGAAAUGAUGAAGUUACUUAUUGAAUUUGGUGCUAAUGUAAAUGCAGAAGAUAGUGAAAAAUGGACACCAUUACAUGCUGCUGCUACAUGUGGUCACUUACACUUAGUUAAAUAUCUUAUUGCUAGAGGUGCAAAUUUAUUAGCUGUUAACGCUGAUGGCAAUAUGCCAUAUGAUAUUUGUGAAGAUGAAAAAACAUUGGAUUGCAUCGAAGGAGAGAUGGCGAGGCGAGGAGUUACUCAAGAAUUAAUAGAUGAAACAAGAGCCUCAACCGAGGUUCAAAUGUUACGCGAUUUGCAAAAAAUUGCUUCUUUAGGAGGUGAUCUUGAAUAUAAGGAUCAUCAAGGGGCCACACCUCUUCACAUUGCAGCGGCAAAUGGCUACUUACGAGUUGUAGAAUUUCUUCUUGAUCAACAUGUAUCAACAGAUGUAGAGGACAAUGAUAAGUGGCAGCCGGUUCACGCAGCUGCAUGUUGGGGACAUUUGGAAGUACUUGAAUUAUUGGUGCAAAAUGGAGCAGACCUAAAUGCAAAAAAUAAGCAUGAUGAAACCCCUGCAGAUAUAUGCGAAGAUCCAGAAAUUAGGGAGAGAAUAAUGGAAUUGAAAACGGAACAGGAGAGUAAACGACUUCGUGAAGCACAGGGACGGAGAGUACGCAGAUCGCAGAGUAUAAAUACGCGGACGCAGAGCGUGCGUCGAACAUCCAUACGAGACAAAGUUCUUACUACUAAAAAAGAUGCUCAAGAAGAAGCACGUUUUAGGUUACAAGCACAACAGACAUACGUUGGUGCUCCUGCACCUAGUAUUCCACCACUGGAGAAUAAUGCGCAGGAAGUAGGAGACCACGAGACUGAUUCUAGCACAUUGCCGCCAGCAGUGCGAAAAGGUCCCGAAGGAAAAGACAAUGAGUCUUUUCUUCAUGAAGAUGUUGAUAAAGAUUCAGCAGUGACAGGGCUUGAUCAGCCGGUCGGCAGUCAGCAGCAGUCGCCGAUUUACGCUACAGACAGCGAUUCCAACGGCAAGAUCAACAUACAUGUGUCCGUUGUUUUCGUCAAAUCCUUAUCAGAUCUGAAGAAGCAACGGGCGCAGAAUCGGCACAUAUCCGGCGGCUCGUUGGACGCUAACGGAAAUGGGAUCCCUAUGCCGGUUUCAUCCAUCUCCAAUUCCGAUCUCAGCGCUGAUGACUUUACGCAACGCUUCACUGGCAAUACCAGUGAGAUCGUCGGCGACAAUCACACGGAGAAGAACUGCUGCACCGUCAUGUAACGCAUUUAUUUACGUAAACCUCUUCCAAUUUCGUUUUUCCUCGUCUUCCUCACAUUAUCACGCGAAAACAUUAACACACUGAAUGUUUGCGCUUCUCACAAAAAAGAAAAAAAAAAUGAGAAAGUGUUCCUGCGAUUAUCUUUUAGUAUUUUUUUCAGAGAAGACUCAAUGCGUGUGCUGUGUUCUUAAAUUUUUGCAAUUUUGCAAAUUGUACAUACAUUCAAUCCAAUUUCGAGUCGUAAUUUUUUUUUAAUUUUAUUUAAAUAUUAUAUACAUAGCGCGAUAUAUUUGUACAUUUGAGAUAUAUGUAUGUAUACAUCGCAAAUAAUAUCCGCAGCAUGUUGACAGCUUUAAAUUCGAGAUAAUUAUCGCGCUGUUCUGAUAAUGCGCGAACGGCAUGUACUUAAAUCUCGUAACAAAAUAGCUUUUUCUUGCAAUUAUCAAAAUCGUAAAUUGCAGCGUUUAAAUAACCUUCAUGCCAACAAACGAGAACACCUUAAAAACUACGAUAAAGUUAAAAAAAAUGUACUUACACAUUCACAGAGAUAUUUUCUAGCAUUAGCAUAGCAUUUUCCUUUAAAUUAUUUACAACUCUUCAAUGCCUAAAACGUUUAAGUAUUGUACAGACUUUUACUUUUAUUUAUUGCUAUAUUAAGAGAAAUGUAUAGAUUAUACAGUUUAGAGAGUAAGAAAUGUGUAUUACAUUUGUAGAGAUAGUGCUUGGAUACGAAUUUUUUUCUAAUAUAUCUCCAUAAACAGGUAUAAGACUAUCAAACAAACUUCCAAUGUUUUCUAUGACUGUAGUUAUAAGAGGAUUAAGUGAAAACUGUUUUUUAUAUCAAUUUAAAGAUUAUUUGUAAAUUUUAAUAUCUGGUAUCUAUCAAUAUUACAACUAUAGACUUCACCGUUCAUCGAUUUUAAUUUCUUCGUUCUACGUAUACGUAUAACAAGUCACGUUUAUUACAUUUAUGAUUUACAACUUGCGCUUGUUUUGACGAUGUUUAAGGUGUUUCUACAUUGUGCAUCGAUAUAUAAAUUUUACGUAAAAAAUUUAUGUGUGCGUAAUGCCAGAUUCAACAAUCAAAAUGAACUACAAUAGUGACAAAUUUCAAAAUACUCACGUAUGUGCAGAAUUAUGUGUAGAAUUAUGUGUAAAAUGAAAUAAUCCAUUUUGGCCAACAGGCAUACACGUAUUUUUUUUGUAUAUUUCGUGUCAAACAAUACUGCAAUUUUAAAGAAACCGUUUGAUGGGAGUAAAUAGUACAAAUAAACGCUCGUACAUUCCUCUGCAAUAAAUAUUGUCAAAUUCUGCAUGAUUCUCGAAUGCGAUCGUAUUUCGUGAUUUAUUCUAAAUUUUGCAAUUGCGUUAAUCGUAAAAUUUUAAUACUGCCAUGAUUAUUUCAAUGUAGUAAAGAUAUUAUUUAUACUUGGUUUGAAUAUCUAUGACGAAGAUUGAUUUCAAUGGCUGUAUUUUAAACGAAUUUAUGUGACAUUUAUCAUCUGUUAUUGUAUUGUAAUAUAUAUAUAGUAACGUUAUAUAUACAUAUAAAAAUAAAAUCACUGUAUAUAUGUUAUCUUA